UAGCAAAUAAUUAAAAAAAAAAACCCUCUGAUUUCAACGGUUGACCCAAUUGCUCACGCUAGCUGCUUCUUCUUUCUCUGUAAAAUUCUUGGUUGUUAGGGUUUCUUUUUUCUUCACUGUUGCCUUUCUUGUAGAAAUUUUAAGCAAAGUCGAGCAACGUUAGACCCUUCUGCUGAUUCUUCUUCGCCUCAGUCAGUCCACCCAACUGUAAAUUUCUCUAUCGUUUAUUGUAUUUAUGCGUUUACUGUUAGUCGCUACCGUAUUUCAAAGGAGUUUACUUUGAAUUAUUCUUGGCUUUUGCUUUACUUCUGUUUCUUGCAAGAUUUGGUUUUACUCAAAGAUUUGGUUUUAAUUUAUAUUUUUUGGGUUUAAGUUAGUUUUGAAGUAGAUUCAAGUUUGAAUAUCUUGCUCUAGGGUUGUGAAUUUAUGAUCUUUUAGGUUUUUGGGGUAUUUAGUAUGGGCAACUUGAGGUUAUAGGAAAUGAGUUUUUAGGGUUUUUUAGUGGUUUGCUGAUAAGAUUUGAUUAGGGUUAUUAUUGGGGUGAUUUGGAAUAAGAGUUUGCAGUAUGGAUAAUUCGAAAAAUCGGCAGCAGAAUGAUCUUUUGGGUGUGAAUAAGAUUGGUAAGAAUAUAAGGAAGAGUCCGUUGCAUCAGCCGAAUUUUGUAAACAAUGCUAAUAGGCAACAACCUCAGCCUCAGGUUUACAAUAUUAGCAAGAACGAUUUUAGAAAUGUUGUUCAGCAACUAACGGGAUCUCCGUCCCAAGAGCCUUUGCCUUUGCCUCGACCUCCGCAGAAUCCGCCCAAGCCUCAAAGUAUGCGGUUGCAGAAGAUUAGACCGCCUCCUUUGACUCCCGUUAAUAGACCCCAUAUUCCUCCUCCAGCUCAACCUCCAGCUCCACUGCCUCCUCCAGCUCCUUUUAAUAAUCAUUUUGGUAGGCCUGGUCAAUUUGGACAACAGCCUCCACCGAUGAUGCCACCAAUGCCAUCUGGGGACACAGCUUGGGCGAAUACGGCUGAGUCUCCUAUCUCUGCCUAUAUGCGUUAUCUUCAGACUUCGAUAAUGGAGCCCAGUCCAAGGGGACUCCAAACUCAACCUUCAUUGCAACAACCGCAAGCCCAAGGUCCAGGAUAUUAUCAGCCUCAGCCGCCACCUUCUGGUUUACAUCCUAAUCCCCAUAUGCCUGCAUUACCGUCACCAAGAUAUAACGGCCCUGUUCCCCCUUUCCCUAAUCACCCUUCACCACAAAUGAAUGGCCCUGGCGGUUUACCCUCACCCACAUCACAAUUCCUUUUGCCGUCCCCGACAGCUUACAUGAACUUGCUGUCUCCACGGUCACCUUAUCCGUUAUUUUCCCCUGGGAUGCAGUUUCCUCCACCUUUGACGCCUAAUUUUUCGUUUUCCCCCAUGGCUCAAUCAGGAUUUUUAGGUUCAGGACCUCAACCUCCACCUUCACCAGGACUCGUUUUUCCAUUAUCACCUACAGGUUUCUUCCCUCUCUCAAGUCCAAGAUGGAUGGAUCAUCAGUCCAAGAGGUAGCGAUUUUCUCGGUGCCUGUGUAUGAUGAGGUGGUGGUAGCUCUGUUGUGGAUGCUUGUAUGCAAUUCACAGUAACUUCAUCUGGGAAACUUUUGUAAACUACCCGCGUACGAUAUCAUCUGAAAAAUUUGUGUUAUCUUAGGUCCAACAAGAAUGAUACCAUGGCCAAGAGAUGUAACAUGAAGAUACAAGUAGCACGAAAGAAAGUAGGGAUUACAGUUACAGACAUCAAAAGUUAGCUUGUAGAUUACGUCACACACGAAUUCUUGUGUACUUGUGCUAUUGUGGAUUAAAUCUUAAUAAGGUGAAGUUUCAACUCUUCUCGUUGGCCUUUGUUAGGAUCAGUGGCAUAUAAUGUGCAGUUGUAACCUUUUGUUGUAUGACCAUUUCAAAUUUUGAUCCCAAAUGGGGAACAUAGUUGCCUACACUAGAUGUGUAUACCAAAUGAUAUAUGUAUUAAUUUUUUAAUUCGAAAAAUACAAAGUUACGCGUUAUUUGUCUA